CCGGGUGCCCUCCCGAGCGCCGGCCGCCGCCGCCACAGCUCCCCGGCCGCCCAGGCGCGCAGGCGGCGCGGCUCCAUGGAGCCCUGCACCAGCGGCGCCGGCCCCGGCGCGCCCAAGCGGGGCAGCCCCGGCGCGGCCAGAGGACCUUCAACAAUGAAGAAGACGCAUACGUCCCAGAUAGAGGUGAUCCCUUGCAAGAUCUGCGGUGACAAAUCCUCCGGGAUCCACUAUGGAGUCAUCACCUGCGAAGGCUGCAAGGGUUUCUUCCGGCGCAGCCAGCAAGGAAACGUGACCUACUCUUGCACCAGGCAGCAGAACUGCCAGAUCGACCGCACCAGCCGCAACCGGUGCCAACACUGCCGCCUGCAGAAAUGUCUCAGCUUAGGCAUGUCCCGAGAUGCUGUCAAAUUUGGCCGCAUGUCCAAGAAGCAACGGGACAGCCUUCACGCUGAGGUGCAGAAGCAGCUGCAGCAGCAGGCGCAGGGAGGCGAGGCAGGGGCUUCAGCCUACUCCUUGGGAGUAGCCAACGGGCAGCUGAAGCUGGCCCCCUCACCUGACCUCCUGGAGGCUUCGGCCUGCUCCACAGGCUUGCUGAACGGGCAGGCCCGCCUCAGCCAGUCUCCAGAGGAGACGAUGGCCCUGACCUAUUCGAAUGGGCUCGUCAAGGCCCAGAGCCUCCUCAGUGAGGACCUACGGGCCCCCUUUGCCAAGGAGUACAGCCCCGAGCGCAUCAAGAUGGAGGGCAGGGGGAGUGUCUAUUACGCCCUGGAGACGCAGGCGUCGCCGGAGCUGCUGCGUACGGAAGUCAACGGGAUGAAGCGGCCAGCGGGGAGUGAGAUCAGCAGUGAAAAUCUCGACUUCUGCAUGGCCCCCAGCUUUACCAGUCUCUUGGAGUCUCCCAACUCAUCCUUGACUGAGAUUGAGCAUCUCACCCAGAAUGUCCUCAAGUCCUACCGGGAAACCUGCCAGCUACGCGUGGAAGACCUCCAGCUCCUGCGCUGGGAAGCAUUCACGCGGGAAGAAGUCGGAAACUACCAGAAAAAGUCCAUGGAGGAGAUGUGGGAGCGCUGCGCCUGCCGCAUCACGGAAGCCAUCCAGUACGUGGUGGAGUUUGCCAAGCGGAUGGGCAGCUUCAUGGAUCUGUGCCAAAACGAUCAAAUUGUGCUUCUCAAAGCGGGUGCCAUGGAAGUGGUUUUGGUGAGAAUGUGCCGUGCCUUCAAUUGUGAGAACCGGACAGUCUUCUUUGAGGGCAAAUUCGCAGGCCCAGAACUCUUCAAAUCCCUUGGCUGCAAUGAAUUGAUCAACUCCAUUUUUGACUUCGCUAGCAGUCUCUGUUCUUUGCACUUCUCCGAGAAUGAAAUUGCCCUUUUCACAGCACUGGUGCUAAUUAACUCAAAUCGUCCCUGGUUGCAAGAGAAGAGCAAAGUGGAGAGGCUGCAGAACAACCUGGAACUGGCCUUCAAGCACAUGCUACGCAAGAACCAUCGGGAAGGCAUCUUGGCCAAGUUGCCCUCGAAAGGGAAGCUUCGGAACCUUUGCUACCAGCAUAUGGAGAAACUGCGCUCUUUCCGUCAGAUGUACCCCAUCAUCGUCCACGCCGUCUUCCCCCCACUCUACAAAGAGCUUUUCAGCUCAGACUGCGACCCACCCCAGGGAACGGCAGGGGAGUAACCCCGCUGCAAGAGGAGGGCAGCACCCAGAGGUCUCCUCCCAUCUCUCUGCCUCUCUCCAAUUUGCAGUGUUGCCCUUUGGGGCCAACACUAGAGAACCCCUGGUGGGGGUGUGGGAGGGCAGGAGAAUCUGAGACCAAAAUUAAGAUCCUGCUUCCAUGCAUUCCUGUUUGAAGAGUUUGAUAAAGGAGCAGUUGGGCGGAGCGGAAUGCCUGGGGGAUGGUGAAGGGUUCAUCCCACUUCUGCCACCAAUUUUGGUACGUAAACCUGGAGUCACUUCAUACCUGAAGAGAAAGCAGGGCAAGCCCUCAAGACCCCCGCAUCGCAGCAACAGUAGGCUGUGGGGGGGGGGUGAGCAACAUUUACACAUUGCUUCUGAAGACGCUCAGAGGUUAGGUGCUGUUUGAAGCACAAAGUGUUAAUUAAGGGAGGGUCUUGUGGCCACAGGGUCCUCCUGAGAGGAGGAGGGUUUUUUCGGGGGGGGGGGGGGGUGUUCUCUGUGACGUGGUCUCAUUGGACGGGCAAAGUCCAGUUCGCUGCAGUUAAUACCACCGCCAAUACAGCUGACCUGGAGAGCCCAGAAAUACCUCAUUUUUGCUCACUUAGUGACAUGAGACUCAACCAAGCUGUCCUGUAUGUAUUCCCUUGCCCCUGAAACCGCGUUUUUAAGAAAUAAUAUAUUAUAUAUAUAUUAUAUAUAUAUUUUGUGGACAGAUGUGUUCUAUAUGAUAGAUCUCUAUUUUUAAGCCUGACCGCUUCUUUAUUUGAAAACGAAGGAGUCAUAAUUGCUCUCUCUCUCUUUUUCUCUGUGCCAGCAAACUGACUUCUUAUACUAGAUUCUAACAACCAGCAACUUCUGAGUAAUAAUAGUAAUAAUAAUAAUCCUGCUGCUUUCGCUUCAUUUAAAAAAGGUGUUGGAACCCAUUGAUCUCUUCCACCCAUUGAUCUGGAGGCACACUGUCUUCAGCAUUCGCUGAAGACAAUCCCAUGCAACGUUUAUUCAGCUGCUCCCUUCCCCACAACCACAGAUAUUAACAAGAUAUUCCCAACACUCAUAGCCCUGUCAGUCAAAAUGGUAACAUAGGAACCAUUUGCAAUUUGUUGUUGAUUGUUAAAACCUUAUCCACACUAGUUGUAGGGGGGUGGGGAGGAAAUGUCAUCAACAGAAUGUUGAUAAAUGGCACAACAUCUGUGAGCAAAGUGAGAGUUCAAUCCCUAAACUUUAAGGGAGGUUGUAGCCAAGAUGAAGAGGCUGUACUGUUGGCAAGAAGAGAAUAGAAUGCCAAGGAGGCUAUUAGAGGUGGCAUGUUUUGAGCUCAGCACCAUCCAAUUUUUUUAUUCUUUAAAAGCUCUCUCCUCUGCAUCCCCAACAGUAAUGAAGUUUAUGACUGUACUACAAGAUUGCAUUAAUUUUAUGCCAGUUUAAUUGGCAUGGCUUCCCCCAAUGAAUCCCAGGUAUUAUAAUUUGUUGAGAAGCGAAAAACUCAUCUUUCUGGAAAAAGAAAGCUAGAUUAUGUAAACAUUAUUUCUUUUCCUAGGGCAGUUGCUCAAUUUAAGAAAAGUUUGGUUGAUUUAAUUGUAUGGGGUUUCAGUCAACCAAUGUUACAUGCAUAUAUUUUGCAUAAGACUAAAACAACCCUUGUGAAGCAAAAAGCGAAUUCUUUGUUUUUAAAAUUCUGCAUGCUGCAGCCAUACAGUAUUAAAAAGAGGCAUUCCUUCAUGGGUGAGAGAGAUGGAAGAAUGCCUCUUCUAAGAUGCUGCCCACCAUCCAUGCCUUGGUAAGCACUUGCAUGACAGAGGAUCAGUUUUUAAAAAAUAAAAGCCCUGUGCUGCCCAAUCUAUCGGCAGCACUUUUUACAUUGAUCACAAGAAUCUUUAUCAACUAAUUCCCCCCCUAAAUUCUGCCAAUCAGUGAAGUACUCCAUAUGGGUAUUUAAAAAAAUAGAAAACAGUGUAGCAAUAUUAUAAAUAAAUUAGGGUGAAUGGAAUUGAUCUCUCUCUCGCUCUCUCUCUUUAAACAAAUUAAAUAAUUGGUUAAAAAUCUGGCAGUAUUAAUUAUAGUAAAAACUUAAAACAGAGAUUAGUCAUAAUAUUUUCCAAAUAGAUUCCGAUGACCUCGGAGUACACAUGAACACGAGUGUGCGUCCUAAACAGUUUGGGUUAAUAGGGUAUCUUUGUUUUUUUUCUUUUUCAUCCUCUUGUGUCCAUUUUUACUAUUCUGAUUAAUCUGAGAAAAUUCUGUACUUUCAUGAGAGACACAUGGUUUUUAUAUGAUGGAUGCUUUUCUUUUUGGAAUUUGCUAAUUUUGGGGGGGGGGGGACCCUUAAAAAUUGAAUGUAAAAUUUAAUGUAAAAGAUGUUGAAUGUAAUUUAGUGUUCUUUGAGAUCUCUUUAGCCCCGUAGGAAACCCGUUUCAAGGGUUCCUUUGUUGUUUCUUCUUUGUGGCAAAGAAAGCCCCACGUUGAGUUUCCUUCCAGUAAUGUUUGAACAAACCUUGUAGCCUUCCAAAUAUGGUGCUUCUAUAUAGGUGGGGUUUUCCUGUUCACACCAAUGGAUGUGAAUCCCAUAUCCAAAGCGUCCAUCUGUACUGAAACAAACUGGGAAGGCUUUAGGAAAAAUGGAGGCAUGUUUGCUUCACCAAGAAGGCUGGAAUAAAAAUGAAAUCGAUGGGUGCAAGUUGACAGAACUCCAUGUAUGCCAAAAAUCCCUGUUGGGGUGACUCGAAUAGCAUGCAAAUGCAGGUGUUUUAAAACAAACAUUCUAUACAAGUCCUUCUCAAAAAAGGCUCCUGAAUGUGAACGAAUCCUUAAAAAAAUUAGACUUCUCUUUUUAAAGCUGUUUUUGCACUGCUGGAUUUAUGAGGAAUUCUGUUUCCUCUGCCUCAUCUGGGCUUCUUGUUUUUGGCAAAUAUCCUGCACUUUAUUUCUCCUCAGCGUUAUGGGAUGCAAGGCUUCAGAGCGGUCCCACACCACGAGGGCUUGGGCCUAGCUGUAUGUUUGGCUUGGCUGUUGCCAUGGAAUCACAAAGUGGCCCCUUUCUUAGGUAGAAUCCUUCACAGUGGCCGUCUCCACUCUUGUGGCUUCCACCUGGCCAAGCCAGCCAUUUUGAGAGGGGAGAGGGAAGAAUGGCUUCUGUUGCUAAGCAACAGUAGGCCACACUCCAUCUUUGGGUCUGAUGCUGGAAGAUUAGGCAAAGAAAAAGCUGGAGAAGCCUGAAAGGGUAGAAAGAAAGGGAUAGAUAGGGACCUUGUUGAAGGCCAUAAGCCCCAGCUGUUCCUUCCAACACCAGUUCUGGGGAGGUCACAUCCCGGAGCCUGGCCUAGCUCUUUUAGAACACCUCAUGGAUGGACACCAUGUCCAUUCCAGGCGAAUUCAGGCCACAGUAUGGUCAGCAAAAUUUCUCAGUGGCAACAAAACUUGGAAAUUGAAGCUCUGGUUAGGGCUGCCAGCUCCAAGUUGGGAAAUUCCUGGAGAUCUUGGAGGUGAAACUUGGAGAAACCUGGAGAAAGUGGGGUUUGGGGAGGGAAAGGACCUUGGCAUGGCAUAAUUCCAUAGAGUCCACCCCAAAAGUAGCCAUUUUCUCCAGGUGAACUGAUCUCUGUGGCCUGGAGACCAGUUAUAAUUCUGGGAGAUCUCCAGCCACCACCUGGAGGCUGGCAACUCUAGCUCUGAUGAGUAUACAGUACACACCCUUCAUUUCUUUUAUGCCAUAUAUGUUUUUGGCCCAAACAAACGGUAAGAUCUCUAUUAGCCAGGACGAUCAAAUGGCACAAGGAAAAAGGAUUAACUCCUGUACCAUGGCCCCAGUCUACAUGGGGAGGGGGCUGAUAUCUGCAACAUAAAAGACAACAUGGGAUUCUUUGAUGGAUCUCCAUCGUUGAUCGUGUCUGGGCUGACCCAGCUUUCUCCCAUUGAUUCAGUAUUAUUGUAUUAAAUUAGACAUAUAGGGACAAAUGCACAGCAACAAAGAAAGGUAGCAACUAGCAAAAGAGGGGAGAUCCUUCUUAUAUCCUCUUCCACCUCCACCACUCCUUGGUUUGGCUAGAAUCUCGUUCAGCUAGAGGCAACAAUGAAAUUUUGUUGUCUUUUAGAUAGUCCUGAGUCACCCACCCAAAGGCAGCCUCCAUCUUGAAGCUGCCCCAGAUUUCCAUCCAGAACGCGAGACAAUCAGAAUCCUCGAACAAACCAUGCACCUCUCCCAAUGCUGUUGUCAACAACCCCUUUUUUGUGUGUUGCACGCUUGUUUCUUGAACAUGCAAACGGUUCAACGGGCCUGCAUAAACGAUGACUUGUUACGCCAAAACCAGUCCACCAGGCAUGUUAGGAUUGUAAAAUUUGGGUUUGGAAAUGCAUCCACUUUUGUGGCUUGCUUUAGGGAACCAGGUGUGUAUAUGUGUCAAGCACCGGGUUGCCAGGUCCAGGUUGGGAAAUUCCUGGAGAUUUUGGAGGUGGAGCUGGAGGGGAAAGGCCUCAGUGAGAUAUAAUGCCAUAGAGUUCACCCUCCAAUGCAGCCAUUUUCUGUGGGGGAACUGAUCUCUAUCGCUUGAAGAUCAGUUGUAAUUCCAGAUCUCCAGCCACCACCUGGGGCUGGCAACCCUACGAAGACGGCCGAAUGGUACCUGAUGUUCUGUGUUUGGCUUGCUGGGUGACCUCUUUUGUAGUCCUGCUUUAAAGUUUCUGUUGUCUUGUUUUUCUCUGUCACUAUCUCUUUUUAAGAAAAAGAAAACCUCUGCCAUCUUUGUUUUUUUAGAAAAAAAUCUGUUUGAAAUAUUUAAAUAGAUUUUUUGUCAUGUAAAUAUGUUUAAAAUGUAAUUUUAAAAACAAACUUUAGAGCAAUCAUUCUUAAAAGAUGUACAAUGGAAAAGUUUUAGGUUACUUUUAAUUUAAUUAAAUGACGGUGCAUAUUACGUGA